AUGAUGAAUGAUAUCAUCUACUUCCCGGCACCUACAGCGGAUGCAGAGUGGGAUGACAUGGUCGAUGGGUUUUAUGAUAAGAGCGGGAAGCCUUCAUAUAACUGUCUUGCUGCGAUAGAUUACCGCAACAAGUUCCGCUACAUCGGCGUAUUCAGCGGAAGCAAGCACUUGACCCGCAAGCAGCGUUGCUACAACUAUCAUCUAUUCCCCACUAGGAUUCACGUCGAAUGUGUAUUCAGCAAGCUGAAAGCUCGCUUUAAGGUGAUUCAUGGUGUCAUGGAUCGGCGCUCAUAUACCGUGAAUGCUCGUAUGACCUGUGUCGCUGCUGUUCUACACAAUCUGCUGGUGGAUAUCGGUGACAAAGAGGAAUUUGACUAUACACGGAACGAUGACGAGCGCGAACAGGCAAGAGUAGUGAUGAACGCAUACAAUCCAAACUGGGAUAGAACUCAGGCUGAGGUCGAGCUAGCGGAACGUAAGUGA